AUUGUACUGCCAUUCAACUUGUUCUUGUGUGAGAGGAAACAUGUCCGUGAAGUUGGCAUUUGUGCGGAUGGAUUUUAAGAAAAAGCCUGGAUUUAUAACCUUAUUUUAAUAUAUUUGGAGAAUAGAAAUGAUUGAAAAUCUCAGUGAAAACAAGCAAACGAACGAUUAAAACACAACAGCAGCAAGGACGUCUUUCAAGAAAAAGCACAGCCUGGGAGUACAUCACUACAGAGAUUUUGCCCAAAACUCUUUUAAAGGGCUUUUCACGUUUCUGAUUUGAUUAUUUUUGUGGAACAUAUUAAUGAUGGCAGCCAAUAUGGACCUUCCAGAUCAUUCUAACCAGACCGAAACCGUGACUUAUGAUCCAAAGUCUGAAACUGUAACGUUACCAAAUGGAGUUGUUUCCGUGGCGGGUGUCACUGUGAUCACUGGAGGAGCUGAGCUGUCCUGUAGUUCCUGUAUGUUGAUCUUUGGGGUUUGGGGAACUCUGGUUGGUUUGAGCAUGAUGUCAGUAGGGCUGUGGGACCAUUCGAUGUAUAAGAACAGUGGUCCAUCCCACCUUCUGACUCUUGGAUUGGUAGUGCUGCUUACCAGUUUAGGACUGGUGGCUGUGGUUUUUGGCUUCCGUUUCUUGAUGAAAAAGAGGAGAAUGAAGGCCAGAAGAGAAAGACAAGAAGGUCAUUUAGUUUUGGUUAAUGAUUACGCUGAAGUUGUUUUAAAGAAAGUGACAGUGUAAAAGAGCUGUAAAGGGAUAUUUCAGAGGCCAAACAAAAUUUCCCUAUGUUUUACUCACCCUCAAGGCAUCCUAACCGAAUAUGACUUUCUCCUUGCAGAAUAAUGCAGUCGGAGUUAUAACACAACGUAUGAUAUUUCUUCCAAGCGGUAGAAUGGGAGUGAAUGGGGGGCAAUUUUUUGAAGCUCCAAAAAGUGCAUCCAUUGAUCAAAGAACAGCUUGACACGGCUCCGUGGUCUUAACAAAGGUCUUCUAAAGCGACUCGAUGCGUUUGUUUAGGAGAAAUAUCCAAAUUGACAUCACUAUUAACGAUAACGUACAACUUCCGUUAUCCGUCGGCUGCGCUUGAACCUGACGCUUGUUUUUCCGGCAAAUGACGUAAGUUCCGGUGACAAACGCAGCAUUUUUUGUUUUGUUCCAAUAGUUCCAAACCGUCUCCUCUGUGCGGGAGCUUUCAUCACCGCGUCAUUUGCCGGAAAAACCAGCCUCUGGUUCAUGCGCAGCAGAGGGAUAACGGAAGCUAGACAUCAUCGUCAAUAGCGUUGUUAAUAUGGAUAUUUCUCUUAAACAAACCCAUCGAUUCGUUUCAGAAGACCUUUGUUAAGAGCACAGAGCCGUAUCGAGCAGUUCUUUGAUCGAUGGAUGCACUUUUUGGAGCUUCAAAAAUUCUACCGCUUGGACGUAAAAGGAUACGUGGUAUUAUAACUCCGACUGCAUUAUUCUUCAAGAAAAAAGUCAUAUUCGAUUAGGAUGCCUUGAAGGUGAGUAAAACAUGGGGAAAUUUUUUUUGCCUCUGAAAUGUCGCUUUAAGUGAAAGAUAAAGAGACUCAACGUCCUUCUCUCCUGCUCUCCAUCACUCAAUCAUAAAGGAAUGUCACAGGAAAUUCAGAGGGUGAACAAAAGGAAACACUUUGCAAUUUCCUCUGAUGUAAGAACACACAAGAUCUAUUGCAUUUCUGCAGCCACACGUCUGUUGAACAGAAAAGCAGAUAAUUUACCAAACAUCAAAGAGCAGGUUAUUUUCUUUACAAUGUUUGAUUGAUUAGGACUGAAAAGCACAAAAGCUACUUAAAUUAAUAUUAUUUCUGAACUGAUACAAUGGCUCUGAAUAACGUAGGGAAACUCCAUUUUAUAAGAAUAUCUACAAUAGCAUACUUUUUUUUAUUUUAAAAAACAAUUAAAAAAAACCAAUUUGAAUAUAACAUUUAAAUAUCAUAUUAGAUAUGAAUGACUCUUUUCGCGUUGCACAUAUAUUUUGUAAAAAAAUAUUAAGCACCAUUAGAAUUAGACUGACACAUCUAAAGUUUGCACGUAAAUAGAUUAUUUAAAUCUUUUAGAGACUUCUGUUUAAUUACAAGCUGGAUUUUUUCAAAUAUAAACACAAGUGUUUUGUGAUAAACCAUAAACAUACAGAAUAUAUUAUCUGCAUACUUUCAGGUUAGAACCUGAGGUAUGUUCCCAAAUGGUGAUAUCUACAGUAUACCAAAAAGGGAAACAAUAUUUUCUUGUAACAGCGACAUAUUUUACCGCACUGGUACCAGAUUUUUCUUUUGUUCAGCAUUGUUAUUAUUAUUACUUAUCAUUACUUUCAUUAUUGUUAUCAUUAUUACUGUGAUUGUAUUGAAUCUUAUGUACACAGUGCCACAAGCUACAGUAUUUUAAAUGAUGAACUGUGACAAUGCAGCGAUUGAACAGUUCAUAUUAACAUUAAAAAUGUAAUUUAGAAAGCAAACAUAAUUGACAACUGUGCAGUUGUAUGCAAAAUGUACAUUUUUGUUCUAGUGUAGAUACAAGAUAAUGUCUCCAUCUGCUGUUCAUUGUGUAUUGUGCAAUCCACUGCAAUAUACUUUUAUUUAUUUGUAAUAUGUCACUAGAUUAAAUCUGUUUAAAUAAAUACUGAUUUCAUUAAAUAAUCACUUAUCUUUUAAUUAAAUUAAGAUAGAAAAAGCAUUUGGUUGCAGACAAACAAAUAAAUAUUGUUUUUAAAAGCCAAAGCUUCUAAGGCCUACAUGUUGAGCAGUUUGUCAGUACCAUAAAAUGAUAACAGGUCUGCAAACAUAAAUCAAAGGGCACUUCCUUAUUAUAACAGCUCUUUAGGGCUAUCAAGUUUGUGAGUGAAACUCAAACUACACAGCCUCAUGUAAAUCAGAAGAACAGUGUCACCAUGACCAGAACUUUGAUGACCAGUCUUACCAUCAUCCUACUAACAGGUAUUGAGUCUAUCUUUGUUUUCUGGAGUGUAAUAUAUUUGUGUAUGUUAUGAUAAAGAAAACUCUUUGUACAUUGUGCACAUGUAGAUUUGGACUUUGACUAGCAGAAGGAUUUGACUGCUUCUGUUACACUGAAAAACAGAA